AUGGGCUCCAUCCAGGCAGAAGACGCAAUGGCCCCCCCAGGCCCUCUCAUAGUAGGGGCGGGCCCAGUGGGAAUGUUGACAGCUCUCAGGUUGGCACAGCUGGGGGUGCCAUCGAUUUUAUGCGAAAUGAAUACCGAAACGACACGAUGGCCCAAGAUGGACAACAACAGCUGCCAUACAAUGGAGAUUUUGCGUAUAAUGGGGCUUGUUGAGGAAUAUCGACAACAACCCGGAGCUGUACCACAGCAUACCGAAUGGGACACCAUUUUUUUCAACACUUGCGGGCUCAAGAAAAAGCUUAUUAGUCGAUGGCAUAUCCCAAGCAACAACGAAUAUCGCGCCAAAAUCCAUGCGAAUAACGACGGCUCACAGCCUGCCGAGCCGGGCCAGCGUUGCUCGCAGAUCGUAUUUGAAGCAUUCUUGAAGAAAAAAUGCCUUGCCGAGCCCCUGAUUACAACUCACUUUGGUUACAAAUUUAUAUCGCUCGCGGAACACGAUGAAGGGGUCACGGCUACUUUCAAAGAUAUGAACAAUCAGGAAAAGACGAUUAACGCACCUUACUUGGUAGGCGCAGAUGGCGCCCAGAGUAGAGUAAGGAGAAGUGUCGGGAUUGAACUCCAAGGCAGACCUCUGCCCGGUGCUUUUUUCAUGGUGCACUUCCGGUCCAAAGAACUUACCAAGCUAUCCCCAUUCGGCAGGUGGUGGCACGCCUUUGGUCUCCACGGCGGCUUUAUGAUUGACCAAGACGAUGCAGACACCUAUACCUGUCACGAAACUUGCUCUGCUGAUGCUGCAGCCAUCAAAGAACUCCAAGAACAUCCGGAGGAAAUCCCGUAUCGUGUCCUUGGCAGUCUCGACGAGCCUUACAGAUUUAAAAUUGACGAAAUCAUGGUGGCUAAUGCAUGGCGUCCGAACUUCGCGCUCGCAGAUUCCUACGUCAGUCGUGACGGGCACGGACGUGUAUUCCUUGCCGGCGAUGCUGCUCAUCGUAACCCUCCACAUGGUGGCUAUGGUAUGAACAGUGGCGUUGAAGACGCCAUCUCGCUAGCCUGGCGUCUUUCAGCUCUACACAAAGGCAUUGGGGGAAGCAACCUUGUUACGUCAUAUACGAAUGAACGCAGGCCGAAUAUGAUGAUGCGUCUUGAGCGUUGUGAUGCCCAUAUCGGCAAAUUCACUCCUAUGGUUGUGCGGACUAUGACGGCCCCGAAUACAGACAUUUUCCUCGAGGAGAGUGAGGAAGGUGACAAGGCACGGGCCGAGGUAGCAAGCCACCUUGACAGCGUGGGAUCUGAAAAUAUCGACCGUGGAGUGGAACUAGACCUAAGAUAUUUGAAUAGUGAAGUAAUUGUGACUGACGGAACAAGGGAGCCGAGAUUCGAUAUUAUGAACUAUACGCCAAGUACAAGGCCCGGGCACAGGGCGCCACAUGUAUUCUUGAGCGAUGAUCUGACAAGCAUUGUGGACCUCUAUGGGACAGAGUGGUCAUUGAUGGACUUCUCCAAGGUCAAAAGUGACCAUCAAACGACAAAUGGCUUUGUCAGCUUGGAUAAGGAAGCAACAUCCCCGGUGACAUCAUUCAAAGCUGCGGCCAAGGCAAUGAAAAUACCGCUAACGCAUGUCCAACUGGGUGUCGGAGAGAGGCAUGUUAAGAACGUGUGGGAAAAUUACGAUUAUGUGCUAGUCCGCCCGGACGGAUACGUUGCCUGGCGCGGAGGCAAAGAAGGCGCGAGGGAUGAAUGUUGUGAGCUGAACGAAGGACGGAUUAGGAACAUCUUGAGAGUCGCACUGGGCUGGAAGACGGACCCUGGAUUUGUGGCAGGGGAGAAGAAAGAGUUGAAUCUGGAAAUAAAUUUGACAAGCAUUCAUGGCGUGGAAGAGGAGCUAGGGGUGGGCGAAGGUCAAGGGGAUGCGUUUGUAGGGUUUUUUAAAGAGGACAAGAGAAGAUAG